UCCCUAGCGAUUAUACUCUUUCUUCACUAGUUUUGUAGUUAAUAAAUGAGUAAUGCUAGUUAGAUUAAAAUUUUAAACCAUAUUUUACAAAUCAAAUGAUGUGUAAUUAAUAGAAAAUAAUCACGUUAACUCUUAUUAAAUUAUAUAUUGUGUCGUGACGAUAAAGAAUCAGAAUAUUUUCAAUACCUAUUUUAAAUAAAUAUAAAUAGUCAGUUUACCCGAUGAAUUUAGCUAGUUGAUCAUGACAGUGUGCAUGUUCUGCACACUUGUUGAAUACUCCAUUGGUGUAAUUUAGAAUGUUGUACGGUGGGUCCUAGAUGAGUCUAUCAAUGUGUGGUCGCCUCUCGAAAUUACUAGCUACCUAUGUGAUUCUUGCGCAAGCUGUGACAUCGGUGACUCUGGAAGCGCCCACACAAACCAACCCAAGAAAAUUCUACAAACAUUGGCCAACUUUCUCUACCAUUAUAUAUAUUAACACUUACCUCCCUUUGCGUUUGUAGCACAGAGUAAGCAGUCAAAGAAAACUAUCAAAGAAGCAAGCAGCAGGCACAAAAGCUAGCAAUGGCAGAGGAAGUGGUUCUGUUGGAUUUCUGGCCAAGCCCUUUUGGGAUGAGGGUGAGGAUUGCCCUGGCGGAGAAGGGCGUCGAGUACGAGUCCCGGGAAGAAGACUUGAGCAACAAGAGCCCUCUGCUGCUCAAGAUGAACCCUGUUCACAAGCAAAUCCCAGUUCUGAUCCACAAGGGAAGACCGAUAUGCGAAUCGCUCAUCAUUGUUCAGUACAUUGAUGAGGUUUGGAGUGAUAAAGCUCCUCUGCUGCCUUCUGAUCCUUACCCUAGAGCCCAUGCAAGGUUCUGGGCUGACUAUGUUGACAAGAAGAUUUAUUCAAUAGGGAAGUUGGUGUGGGUAACCACAGGUGAAGUCCAAGAGGCAGCAAAGAAGGAACUGAUAGAGUGCUUUAAGCUGCUGGAAAACGAGCUAGGGGACAAGACCUACUUUGGGGGUGAGAGUUUUGGCCUAGUGGACGUGGCACUUAUCCCUUUCUAUAGCUGGUUCUAUGCGCUGGAGACCUGUGGAAACAUGUGCAUGGUGAAGGAGUGUCCGAGGCUGGUGGGUUGGGCAAAGAGAUGCAUGCAGAGGGAGAGCGUGUCCGAGUCUCUGCCCGAUCAGUACAAAAUGUAUGACUUCCUUUUGGAGCUUAGAAAGAAGUUUGAUGUUCAUACCUAAGACACACAGAUCUUUAGACUUGUCAAACUUGUUCAUGCAUGGAUCGAUGAGUAUAGCCUAUAUGUGAUAUUCGUGUCUCUAAAGUGGAAAAUAUGACUGUAUCUCUACCUUUUUAUUUUAAAAUAAAUGACGUUUGCAGAUUUAAGUUUA